AUGCAACAGGAAUACUCACCGGACCGUGGUCUGAUUGUACGCACGCCCAGAGCCCAAAUACCAGACAGCGCUACACGCAAGGCAGCGGAUUGGUACAAAGAUGAUCUCGACAUUUCUCUUUUUGCGAUUGCCCCACAGGAUGCUUUCCCCACUCCUACCACCCAGAAGAUGCGGACUCUUACCAGAAGUUCAUCUCCCACUCCGUCUAUAAUUGGCAUUCCUCCAGCUUACAGCCCACCACAAUAUAUCUAUAACCUAUUCGAUUUGGAUAGCUUCAAUACCGCCGUGUACGAUGCUCGAAUAAAUCUAUCCAGAUUUUCCCCAAAUCUUAUCGACAAGCCUUUGAACGACAGUGCGUAUCGCAGAAGACCUCGUAAACGUCGCUAUUCUCGACAAGAUUGA